AGCAAAAAUGCAAAAAUUCUAAAGCAACAAAGUAAAAGCGAAAAGCUACCCAAAGCGUAUUCUGUGUUACCAAACCUCGAACGCGACUCGAGAAAAGCUAAGAAACCCGGGGGAGCAGGAGCAGAGUUUGGAGCAAUGACGAUGGCCGCCUGUUAUGCCAACUACGACAUGUCGUCCCUUUCGCACGGCAUGUCGGCUCUGUCUGCCCUGCAGCAGCAGCAGCAACAACAGCAACAACACAGCCAGGCGCAGCAGCAGCAGCAGCAACACCAUCACCAGCAGCAGCAGCAGCAACAGCAGCAGCAACAACAACACAUGUACAUGUACAGCAACGCCCGUCACAGCCAUGCGGCGGCGGCCCAAACGCAGGUCGCCGCCGCCGUUGCCAGCAACAGACAACAACAGCAACAGUCCGCCAGCAACAGCAACAACAGCAAUGGCAACGGCGGAAAUGCUGCGCCAGCCGCUUCCCCGCAAAAGGACUACAGCAUCCCGCUGCACGUGGACUGCAGCGUAGAGUACGAGCUGCCCAACCAGCCCAAGCCGCCGGCAGGACAGCGCGUGGAGCCGCUGCUGAUGAUCCAUCCGUGCUACUUCCGCAAGAUGGAGUCGCAGCGCCGCAGUCCGUUCGUGAACAACAUGCAUGCCACCGCACGGUCCAUCAGCUCCAGCUCGCUGAGCAGUGGAGCGGCCCUGGGCGGUAGCGGCAGCGGAGCGGCGGUGGCCACAGCGCCCAGCAGUAGUGCGGCCAGGCGGGGAGCUCGAGCGGCAGCUUCCACCGCCCAGCAGCAGCAACAGCAACAGGCGCAGCGCUAUCAGCAGCAGCAGCAACAACUGCGGCAGCAGCACCAGCAAAUGUCCCAGAUGUCGCAGCAAGCCCACUAUCCCCAGCAGCAGUCUAGUCUGGAGCAUGUGCGGCGGCAGCAGCAGCAGCAGCAACACAGCCAGGCGCAGCAGCAGCAGCAGCAGCAACGUGCCAGCAGCAACCAAAGCCAACGUCAAAGCCAAAGUCAGAGCCAUGCAGCCAACUCGGCUGCGGCGGCAGCGGCGGUUCAGGCCCAGGCCCAAGCCUCCAUCGCCGCCGCGGCUGCCGGCCAGUGGGAUCAGCUGGCGGCAGCCCUGGCAGCCCGCACCGCCCUCACGCCCCAUCACAUGCUGCACCCGCACAGUCACAGUCACAGCCAUUAUGCGGCCAAGGGCAGCGGUGGCGGCGGCGGCAAGCGGGACGCCAUGAUCUCCGGCAGCAACUAUGGACAGACGGCGGCUGCCUCAGGAAAACUGCAGCAGCAGUCGCAAGUGCAGCAGCAUCAGCAGUCGCAAGUGCCACAGCAGCAGCAGCAGCAGCAGCAACAACAAUGCCUGCCCCCGCCGCCCUGGGAUGCGACGUCCAUGCUGAUGGACCGGUCGCCGAUGGCCACAGUUCCUAGCAAUUAUCAGGCCGGCCCUGACACCAAUCCCAUGCGUCUCUACUCGGCCACGCCCACCACGGGAGCGGCCACAGGCGGAGCGGCGGCGACGGCAGCCGGCACAGGAGCAACGGUGGCGGGAACGGCAUCGGGUACGGUUGCUGUGGCGAUACCGGGAGCGGUAACCACUGCCACGGACAAGCUGAGCGGCAAGUACCGGCAGUACCUGCGUUCCCAGCGAAUGCAUCCAUAUGCGGCGGCCGCCUCGCUUAACCUGGCAGCCGCGGCUGCUGCCGCCGGUCAGACGUCCUUUGUCCCGUUCAGCUCGGCGGCCACGGCGGUGGCGGCCACGCCCACAUUCCAGCACCUGCCGCAGAUCUCCUGCUACAACGUGUGAUGCAGCAGCAGCAGCAGCAAGGACAACGGCAACAGGAGCAGCAGCAGCAGCAGCAACAGCAGCAACAUGCAACAUGAGACACAGACGCCUACCAAGUACGCGUCGAUGAAAUAGCCGCCUCAAGGAAUAACCAAUAGAUCCUCCCCCUAAGCAUUACUAUAUAUACACACCGCCCCCUCAAAGCUUUUAGAAUCAAAAACUAAUUAACUCUAACGACAUAUUAAGAGAUGGAAAAAAAUUAACUGUUUAGCUGCUAUGAGAAAUUGUUGUCGGACGGCGAGAAGGAAGGCGAUAGAAAAAGAGGAAAACGAGCGAUCUUUUUUCUUUUUUAUGUAAUGGUAGUAAUUGAUAAACGAUACAAAAAGAAACAACAAAAAAAUGCAAACUAUUGUAGUGAUAUUUGUUAUAAA